CAUGCGCGCCACUCACUUUCUCACAAUGAAGUUUCUCUUCCUUUUUUAUGAUUUCAACAGAUUUUCUCAGCAUUUAAAAAAAACUUUCAACCAUGCGCCACUAACUUUUUCUCAAUGAUAGUUUUUUCUUUUCUUCCUUUUUUAUUAUUUCAGCAGAAUUAAAUUGGAGCCUAAAUACGCAACACCGCCGCACUCAACCCCAAAACUACUGACAAGGAACAAUACAAACCGGACAAACACGACUUUUGAGAUGAGGACUCCGACUGCGGCUCUCCUGCUCCCGGUGUUGCUGCUCACCUGCGCCCGCGUCGAUGGCUACCGGCCGGUCAUCAUCGUGCAUGGAAUCUUAGAUGGACCCAAACAGUUCCAAAACCUGGUUCUCUUCAUUAAUAAGACGCAUCCUGGCACAGAGGUGACGGUGGUGGACAUGUACAAUCACAUGUCCAGUCUCAAGCCGCUGUGGAACCAGGUGCAAAACUUCCAUCGGGCCAUCGAGCCCAUAAUGAGUUCGGCUCAAGACGGCGUUCACCUGUUAUGUUUUUCGCAAGGUGGUCUAAUAUGCCGAGCCCUCCUCUCCACCAUGCCCAACCACAACAUCCACAACUUCAUCGCAUUGUCGUCACCUCUGGCCGGCCAGUAUGGAGAAACGUACUACCUUCAGCGGGUGUUUCCCUACUUCAUGAAAGAUACAAUCUUCCUGGUUUGCUACAACAGGCUGGGACAAAAAGUGUCUAUUUGCCAGUAUUGGAAUGACCCUCAUCACAGGCCCAGUUACUUGAAGAACAGCAAUUUUCUUCCACUACUCAACGGUGACAUACCUCACAACAACACAAAAUCCUGGAGGGAGAACUUCCUACGCAUCAAGAAGCUGGUGUUGAUUGGCGGACCGGAUGAUGAUGUCAUCACUCCAUGGCAGUCCAGCCACUUUGGGUUCUAUGACAACAAAGAACGUGUUGUGGAAAUGAGGAACCAAGAGUUUUACAGGAAUGACACUUUUGGACUGAAGACGCUGAGCGCUCGCGGUGACCUUUCACUCUGCCUCUGCUCUGGGGUCAAGCACAUCCACUGGCACUCCAACUUCACUGUAUUCACCAAUUGCAUCGAGAAGUGGCUCACUUGAAGGGAAAGGGGGGACGAUGGAAAGGUGUUUGAGAAUUAAGAAAAGAUUUUAGAAUUCUGUGACUUUUUAUAUUGC